GUAAAUCGGAUCAUUCGGUGGAUUUAUUGUCCAUCAAAUUGGUGCUCUCGUUGAGAGUCCGAGAAUCAUACUCGGAAGAAAUCCUCCACAACGACGAUGGUGCAAACACGUAGCAACGCCAACGUAGGUACCGGAGUUCCCCAACAGGGGGAGAACAGCGCCACCGGAGGUCGGCACCCCCCCAUCACCACCGGGGAGGUUGAGGCCCUCAUUCAGAGGGUUGGGAUCACGACCGAACAAUUCAAGGAGGUGCUGGCCGCACUUGCCCCCAACCGCGAGGUAGUGGUGGGAGAUGUGGCUGGGGGACCCAUAGGCGAGAAGGCUGGGCCUGAGGAAAAAAGAAAAAAGCUGGAAGAAGAGGACGAGUCGUCCUCCUUCGAGCGAAUGUCUGCUUUUGACCGUUUGGGAGAUCCCAAGUCGAAGAAACCUCGGACCUCUGCGUUCGAAAGGUUGCAGGACACUCGGUCGGCCCGAAAAGGCGACUUGAGAGACACGCUCAAGGAGAAGAGAGGGGAGUCCACAGCGACCUCCAAGGUCGGUUCUGAGGAGCGACAGAAGAAAGUCGGGGAUAAAGGUGCAGCCGAGCUGUGGAAAAUGUACGAACAACUAGAGAAGCGGCUGGAUGCCCAGAACCCCUAUCGCCAGGCGGUCUUCAGUGAGGUAACGCCCUUCUCCAGGAGGAUAAUGUCCUGCCCUCUCCCAGAUAAUUUCAAGACUCCCCAGAUCAAGGCAUACAAUGGGACGACCGAUCCCCAAGACCACCUCGCUCGUUUCGAGGCCAACGUGGUCAUGUACGCGUAUCCAGAAGAAAUCAAGUGUCGGUGCUUCUUGGCGACACUGGAAGGGCAGGCUUGUGAGUGGUUUCACAAGUUACCCAAGGGGUCGAUAGAUAAGUGGGGCGACCUGGCCCACAAGUUCUUGGAGCACUUCGCGUCCAGCCGGAGACAAAAGCUCCCCUUCUCGCAUUUGCUCAAUGUGAAGAUCCGGAAGGGGGAACAGCUCCGGGAGUUCAUUAAUAGGUGGGAGAAGGAGGCUAGGGAUGUCCAAGGGGCGGACGACCAAGCCCUGAUCGCCAUGCUCCAAGCUGCACUCCCCCAAGGGGAUGUGCGUAAGGAGCUGCGACGGAAUCCUCUCUCGACCUAUCAAGAGAUGUUGGCCAGGGCGAAGUACCUGGCGCUGGAAGAGGAAGAUGAUGAGCCACCAGUCCGGAAGGAGAAGAAAAGCGGGCCACCGGUGGCAGAAGGAAAGAAGAGGAAGGAAUAUGGUAAGGGGCCGAACCCCACCGGGUAUCAUGCGAACAGGCAUCCCGUUCACGCGGUACAGUCGUUGCCGGCCCCUCCUCAUGGUCGGGAAAGCUAUGGUGUGCAAGAUGCACCCAAAUACUGCGAGUACCACCGUAACAGCACCCAUAACACGUCGGAGUGCGUUACGCUGAAGAAGGAGAUGGAUCAGCUGAUCGCUAGAGGGCCACCUCCUCGGUCAGAGCGACCGUCCACAAGAAUCUCUCCUCGAGCUGUGAGCUCGGUGCUUGUGAGGGAGGAGGAGGGCGCACAGCGACCUGUGUACUAUGUGGCCCGAGUGCUGCGAGGGGCGGAGUUGAGAUAUACCAACAUGGAGAAGACCAUCUUUGCGGUAGUGUGUACAGUGAAAAAGCUCACCCCAUAUUUUCAAGCCCAUCCGGUCCAUGUGUUAUCACAAAUUCCCAUCGGAACGCUUCUUCGAAGCCCAAAUGCCCCGUCACGGGUCAGCAAGUGGGGAGUGUUCCUGGGAUCCUUUCAAAUAGAGUUCAAGCCGCGACCGGCGAUAAAGGGGCAAGCAUUAGCAGAUUUCGUGGUAGAAUGCACUGCGAGGGAGGUAGAAUCUAGUGGAGAAGAACCCGAGGGGAAUUGGUGGACCGUGUACACCGAUGGGUCGUCCGCGACUGAUGCUUCGGGGGGAGGUGUCGUGGCGAUAUCUCCGGAAGGGUUCAAGGCAUACUACUCCGUGAGAUUCCGGUUUAAAGUCUCAAACAAUGAGGCUGAAUAUGAGGCACUGCUUUGCGGCUUGAGGUUGGCAGCCUCAUUAAAGGCUGAGCGAAUCCAAGUCCGGUGCGAUUCCAAGCUAGUGGUAGGACACGUCACUGGAGAAUUUGAGGCCAAGGAUGAACGAAUGAAGAAGUAUAGAGACACUGCCCUGGAGUUGCUUAAAGCAUUCGGGGCGUACCGGAUAGAGCAAGUCCCUCGGGAAGAGAACGCUGAGGCAGAUAUCUUGUCAAAGCUUGGUCCGGAUUCCCCGGAUCAUAUUAAGGCAAUGACCCAGGAAGAAGAGUUUCUCAAGCCAAGCAUCAGUCCCGGACAAGUGCUGAUCAUCACACUCAGAGAGGAGCCGGAUUGGAUUGAUGAGAUUACCAUGUACAUCCUUGACGGGUCGUUACCCAUCGACCCAAUCGCGGCAAAGGUGGUGAGGCGACGUGCACCCAGCUAUACGCUGGAGUGCGGUCGGCUGUAUAAACGAUCGUACAAUGGUACAUUGUUGAGGUGCUUUAGAGCGGGCGAGGCGCAGAAGUUAAUGGAGGAAAUCCAUGAGGGAAUAUGUUCAGCGCAUCAGGGAGCCUUCACGAUGUCCAGGAAGGUGACCCUACAAGGAUACUUUUGGCCAACGAUUAUCAGAGAUUGCGCAGAGUACGUGCGCAAAUGCAAGCGGCUCAGAAUCCGAACUCGCGGCUUCCUUCUUCAUCCCCGUGCAAACCCUAGCGGCCUCCCAGGCAGAAGCCGACCUCGCAGCGCUCUCUCAGCCACCAUGGGACGCGUUCGCACGAAGACAGUGAAGAAGUCCUCCCGCCAAGUGAUCGAGCGCUACUACUCGCGCUUCACCCUCGACUUCCACACCAACAAGAAGGUUCUGGAAGAGGUGGCCAUCAUCCCGUCGAAGCGCCUCCGCAACAAGAUCGCCGGAUUCUCGACGCAUCUCAUGAAGCGGAUCCAGAAAGGGCCCGUUCGAGGCAUCUCGCUCAAGCUCCAGGAGGAGGAGAGGGAGCGCCGCAUGGACUUCGUCCCCGAGCAGUCUGCCAUUAACACUGACGUCAUUCAGGUUGACAAGGAGACCAUGGAUCUCCUCACUUCUUUGGGCAUAGCCGAUCUUCCAGGAGUGGUGCAGAGGGUGGAGGAGACCGCCCCUGUUGCAGCCGUCGACACUGCAAUUGCCGGCGGCCGCGGUGGAUUUGGAGCUGGCCGCCCUGGAUUUGGUCGUGGUGGAUUUGGGGGUGCUGGCGGUGACCGGUACUGAAAUGCUUCUGUUUCUAUUGAGUAUUAAUUGUUCUAGUCUACACAACACCUCGUGAAUGUUUUAAUUUGUGCUACUUAUUUAAAGGUUUGAGCCUUUUUAUAUUUUUCAUGUUUGCACUCUGAUAAGUUUUUGUCUGGUUUUGAGAUUAUUAGCAUUUCUCUGUUUCUCUAUUUUUCUUUUCUUGAACUAAUCUCUGUGGUU